GUCAAAACACAGACUGUAAAUAAGCAGCAGGGCGAUGGAGCUGUGUGGGAAACAGGUGAAGUCAGACUGUGAGGAGCUCCUGAGUCGCUUCCAGCAGACAGAUUCUGUCCGCUUUGAGACUUUCUCCCAAAUUUGGAGGGACUUGAAGUUCACAGAGAUUUUCUACGGCACUCCCUGUUUUGAGAAACGAGCGUUCAUCCGCCUGAUUCUGAGCACCGCCUACUGCUUUUUCCUGCCGCCCUUCAGUUUCCAGAUCAGAGUAGGAGGUCUGUACUUACUGUAUAGCCUGUUCCACUGCCAGACCACCACACCUUCAGAGCAGAUCCGCCUGGCACUGAAGGACUGGGAAGAAGUCAAAAAGUUUGAGAAGGACGCUUUGGAUGCCCAGCAUCUCGAUGUCGUCUUCAUCCUGCGUCAGUUGAUGUCUGAAAAAGCGUUCUACUUCACUGCCAUGCCCACUCCGCUGGUUUACAAGAAAAAGAGGAAGGUUGAAAAAUCUACACUAAUGGAAGAAUUCAUGGAACCAGCUUCUCGUCCACAGGAGCUGAUCAACCCGGAUGUGCUGGAGGAGUUAUCCAGCGUGCACCGACUUUACAAAAAGCUGAAGACGUCUAUCUCUUCCACAUCAGAAAUACCAGAUUUAUCUCUCCAACUGAUUCACAAAGAUUUUGUCCCUGAGCUACGCAACACAGUGAUGGAUUUCUACAAGUGGCAGCAAAGCAUGGAAAAACAGGAUCCUGGACUUAUGGAAGAUGACAGUGGUGAGGGAACAUCAUCUCAGGAGUGCUCCUCAAGAGCUGAGCUUCUUGCUUCCAUCAAAUCAAAGGCCUAUGGACAGGCGGCAGAGACCUCCAAGUCACGGCGUCAUCGUCAGAUUGAGGUGAACGCCGCCUGUCCUGAACCUGGCUUUACUGGAGUGCCAAGAAAUUCCAGAAUAUACAAACCGUCACUCAAAAGCCGGACAAAUACAUCUGUGCACAUUGCAGGUGACAUUUGGAAGGACAUGAAAAACCCGACUGACAUCUGGCGUCUCUCAGAACUUGAGUCGGUCCCUGAAGACGGUCAAAGCCCGGAGCACGUUAACAGCAUCUGAACCAGAGCGCAAUCAAUCUGAUGAUGAAGUGGACUUUAUUGUUCUGGUCUGGACGAACGAGAGUAGGUGGAUUCACUGAUCUGUGUGCACAGAUUUGCACAAUGGACCAGACAGCGCACUUCUCAUUCCAUCUUCUCCAGGACUCAUGCAUUUCUUUUCCAGCGCAGAGCCCUGGAGCGUAGAGGAGGCUCCAGGAGCGGAGAACACAGGGGUUCAGGUAGAGACUUUUCCCAGACCCCCAAAUUCCAAAAC